AUCUGAGGCGCCUUCAGGAUGACAGACAUGGGAUGCCCCCGAAAAAUCGUCACAGAAGUUUCAAGUUGAAACUUCCCUCUCUCAGGAAGGAAUUGCGCGUCAAGUCAAAGGUCACCGAUGUUAAUACGGACCCGGAAAAUCCCCCUAUUCCUGAAGAAUCAGUGGCCUUAAAUCGGAUCAAUGGUUCGUACGAUGAAAUACAGCAUUCUUACUCAAAUACUCUUCCAUCAACCAAUUUUACCAUGGAGAAAGGAACAUGGGACAAUUUGGACCAAUCAAAUUCAGUGAAAUCUCCGACCCGUGUUUCGCAGGACAAUACUCUGACCUUGCCAAGCGUUGGGUUCAUACGACGGGCAUCGUCGCUUGAACGGCUGGAUUUGCAGAAGAAUUGUGAUACAAACCAGGAAUCUAGUGGACAAGACAUUAGGACUAGAGUGAAUAAUAGUAGACCAAGAUCGAAUACACUCAACGAGAAAGUAGGCAACCACAUAAAAGGGAACCAGCUUAACCAGGCAACCAGUGACUCGGAGCUUAACAACCUCCGCCCUAGGGACCUGCAGGGGGGCAGCGCGAUAGAUCUCACAGAAGCGGAGAAGUUGAGGGCGCUGGAGGGAGUGGAUGGCCUUGACAGUCUCAAUAAGGGGGCCAAGGGCGGGGCCUUCCUGCCCGGAGUGCGGGACAUGAAGCAGAACGUGUCUGAAAAAGUGGUGCAGGUGUUGUCACUAGGGGCAGACGUUUUACCAGAGUACAAGCUGCAGUCACCACGGAUACACAAGUGCACGAUCCUACACUACUCACCGUUCAAGGCAGUCUGGGACUGGAUCAUCCUCCUGCUCGUCAUCUACACAGCGGUCGUGACUCCCUACAUGGCCGCCUUCCUCCUCAACGAACACAACCGGGACGCCAAGACCCGCUACUCUGACCCUCUCACCAUCACCGACCUCAUCGUGGACAUCAUGUUCAUCAUCGAUAUUCUCAUCAACUUCCGCACGACGUAUGUGAACAAGAAUGACGAGGUGGUGAGUCAUCCUGGGAAGAUCGCGGUGCACUAUUUCAAGGGCUGGUUCCUGAUCGAUGUCGUCGCGGCGAUACCAUUUGAUCUGCUGCUAUGGGGAUCGGAAACUGAUGAGACAACAACAUUAAUUGGUUUGUUAAAGACAGCUAGAUUGCUUCGACUUGUACGAGUGGCCCGCAAGUUGGAUCGAUACUCAGAAUAUGGGGCGGCCAUGCUGCUGUUGCUUAUGGCGACCUUUGCCCUCAUCGCUCAUUGGUUGGCAUGCAUCUGGUACGCCAUUGGAAACUUCGAGCGCCCACACCUGCCGUACCCCAAGAUAGGUUGGUUGGAUGAGUUGGCGAGGCAGACGCACCAGGAGUACAACAGUACGCACGAUGGGCCCUCGAUGAAGUCGAAAUACGUGACCGCCUUGUACUUCACGUUCAGCAGUCUCACCAGUGUGGGCUUCGGAAACGUCUCUCCGAAUACAAACUCCGAAAAAAUCUUCAGUAUUCUUAUCAUGUUAAUUGGAUCUCUAAUGUACGCCAGUAUAUUUGGUAACGUGAGCGCCAUUAUACAGCGCCUCUACUCGGGCACGUCACGCUACCACACGCAGAUGCUUCGCAUUAGGGAGUUCAUACGCUUCCACCAGAUACCCAAUCCUCUGCGACAGCGACUCGAGGAGUACUUCCAACACGCCUGGUCAUACACUAAUGGCAUCGACAUGAAUAUGGUGCUGAAAAGCUUUCCAGAGUGUCUACAGGCAGACAUCUGCUUUCAUCUUAACCGCACCUUGCUCAGUAACUGUUCAGCCUUCAGAGGUGCUAGCCCGGGCUGUCUGCGGGCGCUAUCCAUGAAGUUCAAGACGACCCACGUACCCCCCGGGGAUACCCUGGUACACAGGGGCGACAUCCUGACCGCCCUCUACUUUGUGUCCCGAGGGUCCAUUGAGAUACUGAAGGAUGAUAUUGUGGUUGCUAUUUUAGCGGGCCAAGAAGAUGAAUCAAAAGCUAAGAAAAAAACGCCAAAUAAAUGGAAGGACGAUGUGUUUGGUGAGAAUAUAUGUAAGUACAAGACUGUGGGGAAGUCGAGUUGUAAUGUACGGGCACUCACCUACUGCGACCUGCACAACAUCCACCGUGACGAUCUAUUGGAGAUUCUGGACAUGUAUCCGGAAUUCGCUGAACAGUUCAAGAAAAAUCUUGAGGUCACAUUCGAUCUCAGAGAUCGAACAUUGGCAGGAGAUGAGGAGGACUUCUUUGGAACAUUCUGGAUGGGUCGCUCUUCAGAUCACGAUGACAACAGUCCUCAAAAACCUCAAAACCUUCGUAAACGGAGAGCAAAAACAAAGUCCAACAUACAGCCUGCAGAAGAUGAAAAUGACGGUCUACAUUUCCGACCGCGACGUAUUCGCCGGAUGCUUGCAUUAACGGAGCCAGGCCCCACCGUCUCAAUGUCGUUUGAAGACUCUUCAGAGGAAGAAAUUCGCCAGAGCGGUGCUGGCAUACUUGAGUUCUCUCCCUUGAAAGCCGGUCAAGACGUUACCCCUGCAAAUUUAGACUUCAGUCAUCAUAGCCAUUGGGACAGGGAAAAGGAGAGGAAACGGUCGUCUGGAUUUACGACACUUACUGGAGCGUUGACCAGUGUGAAUAAUCUGGUGAACUUCCCGCUGUGUCGUGAGCAGAGACGCAGCCCUCGCUCUUCAGACACUGCACCCUUACUGACUGAGUCCGUCUCACCUACAUCACACCAUCAUACCAAGACUACGUCCAGUUCAAGUGUUCCAAAGUCCUCAUCAAGCAUGACCCUGCCUGUGUCAACUCCCUCCAGCCACUACCAGUUUGACGAGCCUGUUCAGAUACAUAGCACACAACUUACAGAAUCCUUGCAGGUGCUCCUUCCUGCUUCGCAGUUGGCAGACGUGGAGACAAGGAUAGAACUGCUGGGAAAGCAACUUGCAAGAUUAGAGCUUAAGUUGAGUUCGGAUAUCACAAUGAUUUUGUCGCUUCUACAACAACAACAGCAGCUAAGUGCCUCGUCGGGUGGGGCCCAACACGCGGCACAUCCCUCUGGUGCUGUCUCUAGGUCACACCCUGUGCAUCAAACUGUGCCUGAACAUAUAACGGAAGCGUCGGAAGGGUUUUGUCUGCUACAUGGUCUCCAUGGUGAUAGCAAUGAAGAAAAUGUACCCCGUCGUAAGCCCCAAGUGUUGGGAAGGGGCCAGGAGAGGCAACUGGGUCGGAGCUUCUCUCUGGACCAGACCCAAGGUCAGAUACGUGGAGGUCACAGGGAGCCUGCUACCCAGAGAUUUAGUCUGCCGCUAGUAAAUGUGGUGGACGUAGAGAGUCGGGAGGUUGCAGACAAUCUUUGGCAGCUGCAGUCUGAUACCAAAUCUUCCUGUGGUUGUAUCCGUAGUCAUGGUAACGGCCAAUCAGAAUCAACCUUCCCUCCAGAUAGCCAAUCACUUUCAAUCUUCCCAACAACCAGCCAAUCAGAACCCUUCUCUAGAACUUCAGAUUCGAAUUCUCAGUCUGUUAUUCAAUCAGAGAAUAGACUGUCUUCAAUUAUCAGUUCACCCAAUAUAGAGGAGGAUACACAGAUGACUUCACUGUCAGAGGAUCAAACCUGUGAUGAACUUCAGUCCAGUCAACAUUGUGAUCAUUUGUCUGAUGAUUUUGAGGAGGAGAAGGGAGAGGAAGACUGUGGGGAGAGAUACCUUGGCAUGCAAGCAUCUUGUGACACUAAUCAAGCUUCUAGGGACAUGGAUCUUUAUCAAGCGUCUGGGGGACAUGAGCAGCAAAGAAGUGCUUCUUGUGAUGCAGAUCAGUUUGAAUAUGAUUCAGGGGAUGAGUUACUUGAAAAUGAAAUGCUGGACUUCCGUUUGAUGCCUCAUGAUGGUUCAUGUGACCUGGACAAACAAUCAAACAGCAUAUCUGUAGAAACUGUGUGUACACCUAGUAAAAGCACAAAGAAUACUGCAGUGUAACGUAUUUCUUUAAAUAAAUUUGAGCUGCGCUCUGUGAUAAACAGGUUUACUGCAUGCGCGUAAAGUUGUGUCCCAGUUAAGCCUGUAAAGUCCAUGCAGGCUAAUCAGUGACGACACGUUCUGCUUAUAUGGUAUUUUUCUUUUAAGGGAAGUCUCUUCUUAGAGAAAAUUCAGUUUAGGCGGAAAAUGUCCCUUAAAAACGUGUCUGUAUUGCACAGGCUGAUCUGGGACAGCGCGUUAUGUACAUGCAUUAAGCCCCAGUCUGUACUGCACAGGCUGAUAUGGGACAACGUGUUAUGUACAUGCAUUAAGCCCCAUUUUCGCAGAGCUAGGCUCAUAUGUCGUAUGUUUUGUUAUAGCAUAAAUAUUUGCACUGUUUAAUCAAAUAUUUGCAAAACAAAAACUGAAGUUGUUAAGUGUUCAUAUAGAAUAUGUAUAUAAUACAUGUGUAUUAUGCUGUGCAAAUGUUUAAUAUGCCAUUUAUACUUGAUUAAGCACAAUUCAAUGCACUAAAUUAAAUAGAUAGAAAAUGUAGAUCAAUCCAGUGAUUUUAUUUGGUUGCAGUGCUAGAGUGUUGAACAUAGUUCCAGUAUUAGACAAAAUCACAAUCAUUGUAGCAAUUGAUCAACAUUGUGUUAUAUAAUUAUAGGAAAAUAUGUUUUGUUGGAUAUAUUGUUGUUAUUAAAUAUUUGGCAUGAAUUAUGAAUUUAUGACAUUUUGCAUAUUUAAAAUGGUUGUGGUUUUAUAAUUUGUAAAUCAUUAUAUUCUCCAAUACACCAGGCACAACUGAAAAAUGUUUCUAUUUACACUAUAUUUUCACUAUUAAUAGGUACAAAGUUAUCAUAUUAGUUUUAUUAUACACUUAAAAUGAUAUUCAGUGCAGCUUUUUGAUGUUCUUCUAUUUAUAUUCUAUUAUUAUUUCAUAAAAAAGUGUAAAGAUAACGUUAAGAAUUUAGCCUUGCACCAAGAACUUGGCUUUAUGCAUGGGCUUAAAGUGUUAGCCUAGAUAAGCCUGUGCAGUCCACACAGUUUAAACAGGGACGACAUGUUAGCCUAGAUAAGCCUGUGCAGUCCACACAGUUUAAACAGGGACGACAUGUUAGCCUAGAUAAGCCUGUGCAGUCCACACAGUUUAAACAGGGACGACAUGUUAGCCUAGAUAAGCCUGUGCAGUCCACACAGUUUAAACAGGGACGACAUGUUACACUUAGACUGGAGACUUCCUUUAACCCAGAUUGGAAAUGGCUAUGUGCAAACAGCAUAAAACCAGAACAGCCUGCGAGUAACUCCCAGUCUGUUCAGGUUUUAUGCUGUUUGCUGCUCAUCAGUAUUAAAGGUUUUGAGAUGAAGACUUAAAUACUUGAAUCUGUUAAGAAAGGUCUUAAAUUAAAUAUAAUUUUCUAUGGGACUACAUGAUGUGUGAAAAUAUGUCUCUAAGUGGAAAAGAGUUAAACGUUAUAUUCUAUUUUAUUAUACCUCACUUUUAUUCAUAGAAAUACUGACAGACCCAGUGGGGAAAAAUUUACUGUCCUAAACAUACUGUCGCCUGCUCCAAAAAAUACCGUACCCCACUACCUUAGCAAUCACUUGCAGAAUAGUAAAAAAUUAUACGGUCUCAUUUGCCCUUGCGCAGCACGCAGUUUUGCAUUUCUGUUGAAAACAGAUGACCAAAUUCAUGGUUCAUUAAAAUUGUUCAUGUUUGAAUAGUUUUUUCGGUAUAAUAAAAUAAAUAUUACAAAAGUGAGUUCUAGUCAUCUAGUGAGUUUUAAAAUGGUUAUGAUUUGUCCAAAAUUAUGGCCACCAAGGGGCGGGGCAUUUUGCCUUAUAUGGCUAUCGUAAAACAAUGUUAGUAUUGUAGAAGUCACAUUUUUUUGUCCAAUCUUCAAGAAACUUGGUCAUAACAUUUGAACUAAUGAUAUCUGGGCUGAGUUUGAAAAAAGUUCCAGCCUGCUAAAAAUAUGGCCACCAGGGGGUGGGGCAUUUUUCCUUAUAUGGCUGUGGUAAAACUUUUUUAACUCUUUAAAAGUCAAAUUUAUGGUCAAAUCCUUAUGAAACUUAGUCAGAAGAUUUGUUCUGAAGAUUUCAUUGAAAAACAUGGCUGCCUGGAAGCUGGGCAUUUCUCUCAAUAUGGGUAUAGUUAAUUCUUGUUAACUCUCUAGUUUAUUUUUUGACCAAGUUCGAAAAUGGUUUUAGAAACGUCUCAAAAGUUGCUGAGGGCAGUUCAGUUCCCUGAAGUCUCGGGUGAGCCACCGUGGGCCUCUGGCCUUCUUGUUUUUUUUAAACACAAUAUUGAAUGGAACAAAUAUUUUAGACUUGCUAUGGGAAAAGGGGGCUUGAUGCAUGUGUGUUAAGUAUUGUCACAGAUAACUCUGUGCUGUCCACACAGGCUAAUCGGGAACAAUACUUAAAUAUUGCAUUUAUGGGAUUUCUCAUAAAAAGGAAUUCUGUUCUAAAUGAAAAUCUCUUUAGGACUGCACGGGACUGUACAGGCUAAACUGGGACAGCACUUAGCGCACAUGCAUUAAACACUGUUUUACCAUACCAAGGCUCAUUAAAAAUCAUGCCUUUUUUCCUAUAUAGCUAAUUGCACAGGCUUAUCUGAGACGACACUUUACGCACAUGCAUUAAGUCGAGUUUUCCCAGAACGAGGCUCAAUUGAAAACCAUCAAUCUGAUAGAAAUGGAGUUGUGUUCUGUUCUGAGUUGUUUUCUCCCUUUAUCAUUUUUUUUUUCACAAUGAAAACCUGGUUUUGUGACAAUUUUGUCCCUUGUUUUUAAUGUUCUGUUUGUUCCUUAGUAAUUUUUAUGCCUCUGAUAGGGUGGCAUAUAGCAUUUGAACUGUCUGUCAGUCCGUCUGUCUGAAAACUUUAACAUUGGCCAUAACUUUUGCAAUAUUGAAGAUAGCAACUUGAUAUUUGACAUGCAUAUGUAUCUCAUGGAGCUGCACAUUUUGAGUGUUGAAAGGUCAAGGACAUCCUUCAAGGUCAAAGGUAAAAAAAACAAAUCCAAGGGAAGUAACAAGCUUUAAAGGGAGAUAAUUUCUAUUGAUCCUUUGGCAGGUACAGAUCAUUUUCACAAGGGAAGUAAUAUUUUUAAAGGGAUAUAAUUUUUAAAAAUCAAAGUGAUGCAGUAGGGUGCAUUGUAAUUCUGACAAACACAUCUCUUGUUUUUUAAUGUUUUGAUGAAUAUUUUUUUAUUGUUUCUUGUUUUUUCUUAUUUGUUGAUAAUUAUAUAAUGUUUUGGUAUUAUGUUUGUUGAUUUAUUAGAAAUUGUUUACCAUACAAAUUUAGUAAUUACCUCAUUACUUUUCAAUUAUACUGUGCUCAUUAAUACAUUUAUUUUAUAUGAGCCUUGUUCUGAGAAAACUGCGCUUAAUGCACUUUCUGCCUUUAUGACAUUUUUCGUUUAAAUGAAGUCUCUCCUUACCAAAAAUUAAGUUUAAUUUCCAACCCUAAUAUACUGAUGAGCAGCAAACAGCAUAAAACCUGAACAGACUGCGAGUUUAUCGCUAGGUCAGUUUUGACUGUAUAAUAUCACAGAAAAGUUCCUUGAUUAACCAUGAACCAAAUGCCUCAUGCUUCUUUUGAUUGUUUAAUCAAGAUGGAUAGUACAGUAUCCAUUUUCUGGCUAUACAGAAAACUUUUUAAAUCUUCUCACAGAGACCGCUAUCAAGAUUUCUAGAAUCCUAAUAAAUGUCUUUGGUAAAUUUAAUUUAACUUUGUUUCAGUGCACUUGAUUAAACUCAUCGUGAUCAUAAAGUGGUCUUUUUAAAUUGUUUCUUAUUAUCUGUAUGUAAAAGACAUUUUAGUUUUGUACAAUGUACAAGUUGUAGUUUUUGUAGAACAGGGGUGAGCAACCGAGGGCCAUGAUGGUUCUUUUGAUAUAAAUGGCUUUUAAAUAUAGGAAGAGAUUCCAGGUAUGUUCUCCACUGUAUACCAACAACAUACCUUAUAGAAAGUCUUGAUAUUCUGGCAUUGGGAAAACUGGGCUAAAUACAUGUAGAUAGUGUCUUUCCUGAUAAGCAACAGUUUACAUAUAUGCAAUAAACCCUGUUUUCCCAAGUGAGGCUCAUAUCUCUGUAGAACUGUAGAAUGGCGUAGAUGGGUUGCAAUCAUGGUGCAAGAUACAUCUAAUGGAGUAUUCAAGUAUUGCAGUAAUUACUGUCUUUUCCAUCAAAGAGGAUGGAGUGGUACGUUGGUUUGCUGUACUUGGUUUGUUGGUAGACUUGCUAGGUUUGGUUUGAUGGUACACCUCUCUUACUUGCGUUUUAAUUGAUCAUAACUAUUCUCAUGUAUUGUUGUUAUGAUGAUGUUAAAUAGGAAGUCAUGUGGAACACAAUUAUAUUAAAGCAAUUAUAUAUGAUUUUAGUAUCAACCUUCUAUUUUUAAAACUUAUAAACCAAUGCAAUAUCUGCAAGGAAUUGUGUGUACUAUAUAUAGGAUCUGGCAUGAGUUGUCUUAUAAUACCAUAUUUUAUUAAACGAGUUCAGGAAUUUUGUUAGUAAGCGAGCCUUUGACGAGCUUACUAAUGAAUUUCCUGGACAAGUUUAAUAAAAUAUGGUAUGAUAUGACAACCAGUUUCAGAUUUUUGUAUCACAUGCUUUUAAACGAGCAAAUUAAAUAAAUAUUUAUGCAAACAUAAUGAUUAAUCCCGAAUGUUGUUUACAUUUUGUGACGUCAUUUGACGUUGCAAUGUCAUUCCAGCAAAAUAACAAAAUGCGAUUGGUCAAUAAACGAAAAUUAAGCCAAUGAAAACGCUUCAAAAGUAUAUUACACAUGUUUAAUAUGAAAAUAUAUGUAAUGUUUAUAUUACAUGGGAAACAGGGUAUGGCAUGUGAUGAAAUUGAAUUCAUUUACAACAACAACAAAGGUUUAAGCCAAUUCCAACUGCUUAACUCGUAUUUCAUGUUUUUGUACAUGAAGGAGUUUUAUAAUGUACAGGCGAAAAUUAUAUCUUAUUGUGUACCUCAAAUGAAAUUUAUUAUCUGGUAACAUUUCUUCUGAGAUUGUUAUCUAUUUGUUUUUUAAUUCAUCUACUAAUGAUUUGUUUUCAACAAUUAUUCCGGUAUGAUUUCUUUAUUUUUAGACAGGUUGUAUAAGCUUGCUUUAAUGAAAACAUUGUUCAUGUAUAUACUACAGAUCUUCUGCACUAUUUCACAUAAUUUCUGUCAGAUUAAAAGCAUACGCUUGCACAAACAUCAUAUAUUUAAGUAUUGUAAUAUUAUCCAAUGGUGUUAGUUGAUAAGUUUAUGCUUAAUGAAAUGUUACAUUCCAUUGUAACUUGUUAUAUUGUUAAACCAAUGAAGAGCUUUAUGUACAAUAUUUGUUUGAUUUUUUAACUCACCUGUCAUGAAGUGACACGGUGAGCUUAUGUGAUCGUGUGAUGUCCGGCGUCCGUUGUGCGUGAGUCCGUCAACAAUUUGUUUGUGUAGACAGUAGAGGUCACAGUUUUCAUCCAGUCUUUAUGAAAUUUGGUCAGAAUGUUUAUCUUGAUGAAAUCUGGGUUGUGAUUGUAUUUGGUUCAUCUGGGGUCAACAACUAGGUCAAAUAAUAGAAAAACUUUGUGUAGACAAUAGAGGUCACAGUUUUCAUCCAAUCUUUAUGACAGAAUGUUUAUAUUGAUGAAAUCUGGGUUGGGAUUGUAUUUGGGUCAUCUGGGGUUAACAACUAGGUCACUAGGUCAAAUAAUAGAAAAACCUUAUGUAGACAAUAGAGGCCACAGUUUUCAUCAGAUCUUUAUAAAAUUUGGUCAGAAUGUUUAUCUUGAUGAAAUUUGGGUUGCGAUUGUAUUUGGGUCAUCUGGGGUCAAAAACUAGGUCACUAGGUCAAAGUUUAAAAAACUUGUGUAGACAAUAAAGGUCACAGUUUUCAUCCAAUCUUUAUUAAAUUUGGUCAGAAUGUUUAUCUUGAUGAAAUCUGGGUUGGGAUUGUAUUUGGGUCAUCUGAGGUCAAAAACUAGGUCACUAGGUCAAAUAAUAGAAAAAAACUUGUGUAGACAAUAGAGGUCAAAGUUUUCACCAUAUUUUUAUGAAAUUUGGUCAGAAUGUUUAUCUUGAUGAAAUCUGGGUUGGGAUGGUAUUUGGGUCAUCUGUGGUAAAAAACUAGUUCAAACAAUAGAAAAACCUUGUGUAGACAAUAGAGGUUACAGUUUUCAUUCAAUCUUUAUGAAAUUUGGUCAGAAUGUUUAUCUUGAUAAAAUCUGGGUUGAAAUUGUAUUUGGGUAAUCUGGGGUAAAAAACUAGGUCACUAGUUCAAAUAAUAUAAAAAAAACUUGUGUAGACAAUAGAGGUCACAGUUUUCACCAGAUCUUUAUGAAAUUUGGUCAGAAUGUUUAUCUUGACGAAAUCUGGGUUGGGAUUGUAUUUGGGUCAUCUGUGGUCAAAAGAUAGGUCACUAGGUCAAAUCAUAGAAAAACCUUGUGUAGACAAUAGAGGUCACAAUUUCCAUUAGAUCUUUAUGAAAUUUUGUCAGAAUGUUUGUCUUGAUGAAAUCUGGAUUGGGAAAGUAUUUGGGUCAUCUGGGGUCAAAAACUAGGUCACUAGGUCAAAUCAUAGAAAAACCUUGUGUAGAUAAUAGAGGUCAUAGUUUUCAUCUGAUCUUAAUGAGUCAGGUGAGCAAUUCAGGGCCAUCAUGCCCCUCUUGUUUAUUAUUUUGGAACAUGCCAAUUGAAAUUUUCAAAUUCUGUUUUAACUUGAAAAUAUCGAUGGAUACUUAUGAACUGUUAGAAUUGCAAAAUAUAAUUUUUGUACAUUGAUUAUAAAAUACUUUCAUUUUCUAUAAGGAACCAGAUAUUAGGCAAUAAAAUGAAAUAAUGUAUGCAGACAUAAUAUUUAUCAAAUAAGUCCCAUAAUUCAGAAAGAUACCAAUUAUGUUAUAUUAUAAACAACAAUUGUGUUCUUCGAAACAUAUAUUCAUAUGUACGUUACCCAUGACAUUAAAUUUCUACACAGACAA